CGACAGACCAAGAUGGACAGAGAGACCACAUCACGCAAGAAGAAGCGGUCAAGCCGGCCUUCCUUCCUUACUCACUCACUCAUGCGGCCACACGCACACACACACACACUGGUCCCAUACACUGAUGCAGCUGACUGACUACAAAUCGUUAGUCUCGGCCGAUCAGUCCACGGCGGCAGCAGACACAGACAGACAGACAGACAGGCAAGGAGAGAAGGGUGGAGGGAGGGAGGGAGGGAGGGAGAGAGGCGUCACUGGGUCUUGCACUCCUGCUGGUCUCCAGCACCGCCCUGACACACAUAUGUACAUGACACAUACAUUGCAUGAGAAUGCAGCACUGGUGAAAGAGAGGCCGGCCGUGUGCUGUGCGCACCUUUCCCUCCUUGCCCUUAGGCGCUCCGUGGUGGCCAUGCUUGCCCUUGCCCUGACCACACACACACAUAUACACAGACAGAGAGACAAACAGUCGUGAGUGCGACCCGACCCACACAGGAUAUAUGGUCGAUACACACGAGUCAUGAGAACAGUCCAGCCAGCCAGCCGAUCGGUCAGUCCUUCCUUGCUAGAUUUGUGUGCGUGUGUGUGUGUCAGCCAGCCAGUCAUCUCAUCCAUGACAUACACACAUCCAUCCAUCCAGGCCCAGCCAUAUGAUUUGGUGAUUAUCACAUGAUCUCUUAGGUGUGCUGUCUCUGACGCACUUUUCCCUUGGACUUCGGCAUGUCUGCAUCGUCCUCCUCGUCGUCGUCCUCGUCGUCAUCGCCCUAAACACACACACGCAUAGACACACAUCGACCCAUCCAUCCAUCCAUCCAUCCCCCUCUCUCCCCUCUGUCUGUCUGUCUGUCUGAGUGGAUGGUGUGUGUGGCCUCCACACAUGGUCAUCGUCGUCAAGGUCGUCGUCAUCGAAUUCGUCGUCGCUGUCCUCCUCGUCGUCGCUGUCCACCUCCUCACCAGUGUACCACAACACCGCACGAGGGAUGAUCUUCUCCUACACGCAUAUAAUCACGCAGCGACACGAACGAAGGCUGACCCCUUUGUGUGGACCAGUCCUCGUGUGUCGCCCACCCGUAUGAUGCAUCCGGCCUGGUAGUCGGCCUCGACGAUGACCUCGAGCUCCUCCACGGCCUCCUCCUCCAUCUUCUCCAAAUCCUGCUCACUCGGAAUCACUAUAUGCACACAUACAUAAUAAGGUCGAGCACUCGUAUCCAUCCAUCCAUCCAUCCAUCCACUCGUCGGUAAGGCCCUCUCUGACUGACUGACCGUGUUUCUUGAAGAAGUUGAAGAAGGAGGGGACGUCGACCUGCUCGGUGAUCUUGCGGGUCGCCUUGGUACCUGAUGUGUGAGGCAUGCGAAGAUGGACACACACAUGCAUGUGUGUGUUGGUGCCUGUGUGUCAUGUCUGGCGUCUUGUUGUUACGUUUAUUCUUUUGUUUGCGCGUGACGGUCUUCUUGGUGACGUCUUUGCCGGGCUUCCACACCAACUCAGUGCUGACCACCAUAUACAUAACACAUAUACAGUCAGCACGCACAUGCUCCCUCAGACAGCCCCCCCCUCCCUUCCCUUAGGGCCUACCAGUCGGUUGACGAGAGGACUUCGUCUUUGCCGUCGUCAGGCUGCUCGAGAAUGUAGCUCUUGACGAUCGUCGACGGCUCAAAGUAGGGAUUCUCGCUGAACUUGAAAAUCAAACGGAAACUCUGCACACACACACACACACACACACACACACAAGUUAAGGCAGAGUGAUGUGCUGGCGUUCAUUCCCACGUACGCUUUGUUCCUUGUCGUCGAACCACUCUGACUGAAUGUCCUCAAGAUACGCCUACACACACGACACACGACGCAGUGGGGGUUUGCAUGGCAUGGGUGUGGUGUGUCCCUCUCUCUCUCCUCCCGACCUCGACUUACCAGUACAGGCUCAUCGUGUGUUUCAAUCAUGUCGGCCAGCAACCGGUGGUUCUUCAGAGCCGUCAACCAAAACUUGGGCAGACCCUGCACACACACACACACGGCAGCACACAUAUAGUUCACUGUCUGUUCCCAACUCGUAUAUGUGUGUGCAUGCGUCUGUCUGUCUGUCUGUCUGUCUGUUACCGCGGUGCCGAUGUGGACAUCGGUCUCCUCCUUGUCUUGUGUCUUGUCGCUGUCGGGUGCCUGCGAGUCGUCCUGACUCGCCUGAGUCGUGCCGUCGCUGGGCACUGUGCUCUCGUCCUUCUUAGUCAGCACCGAGUAGCGCUGCAACCCACGCACACACCGACAUUCAUUUACACAAAGACAUUCACACCUCAGUCACGUGGAAUGUUCGAGAGACUGUGUCGGAUCUGCCUACCUUCCUGUAGAUGGGGUCCUUGAGCUUCUGGUACUUGGUCUUGAGCUCGUUCCACUCCUCGCGGUACUGCUUCUCGAUCUCGUCGUGCUGCUUCUGCACACACGCAGCGCAGAGAUGGGGGAUCUCCACAUGCGGCAGGGCGGGCGGCCAUGCUAUCUCGUGUGUGCUGACGUGCAGAUCUCGGAGGUCGUUGAGAGUCUUCUUCUCAGAGUCAGACAGCUUGUCUGUGACAAACACAACCACACACAGAGAGAGACGAAGGCGUCCUCCUCGCGGCCCGGUGCUGUGACCCGCCACAGCACGUCCAUCCUGAGGCGUACCGAGUGCGAGAUUGAACAUGCCAUUCGUCACCUCCUGCACCUGCUGAUCAGUCUACACACACGCACAGACCAAACACCAGGGACGCGACAUGAGUGCACCGAAGGAAGAGCUCAUGUGUCCUGUACCAUCUUGAGGCGAAGAUCUGCAGACGGGUCACCACGAUGCUCUUGCCCCUCACCAGAACAAUGCCCAAGCACAGCGCAGUUU